CCGCGCGAGGCUAACCUAACCCGGGCGUGUGUUUUCUUUUUGCACCCGCGGAGGAGAGCGACCGUUCCUCUUCUCCCGGUUUAUUUAUAUCGCGCGAUUGUAUCCAGCCGAUGGAUUGAUCGACCGGCGGGAAGAUUACUCGCGCGCGAGCUUACCUCGCACAGGUUGUACAGGUUAUGCCGGUUAUACCGUUCUCGCACGCACGCACGCACGUAUUGACGUGAGGAGGAAGAAUGGACGAGGCAAUCACCACGCCGCCUACGUUCAAACGGAAUUUCUUCGAGCGAAUUUACUGUGUGGAAUUCUCGCCGUACGAAUGGUCGCAGCAUCUGAUCUGCAUCGCCCUCGCCAAGGAGGUCGUCGUCGGUACCGUCCGAUUUCAGGAUGAGGACGACGCUGUGGAGGAUAUGGUGUACAAUCCUAUUAGAACGUUUCAUCACGAUACCAGACCUCACGCGAUCGCUUGGAGCCCAGAGACCUCCUUGAGCGUCGUUCCCAAGAUCCUGACUUUCUGUGUGGCUGGUGCAGACUUCAAGAUAAGACUGUACAACAGCAAUUUAAACGACAUGAAUAUGUACGAGGUUCUAAAGGGACACAAGGAUUACACAAAUGCGAUAUCCUAUGAGCCGGAAGGUGAUUUGCUGGCAUCUGUUUCCGACGAUCACACUUGCAAAUUGUGGGCCGUUAAAGAGGAUCAAAAGUGUGUGUCUACGUUUUACUUGACGUCACCCGGUGUCAGUGUAUGCUGGCACGGUGAAGAAUCCGGCAAGCUGCUGGUAGCUGAAAAGAACGGUUUGAUACGUAUGUACAACGUCAGGAGUCAACAAGCGAUCAUGUCGCUCGAUUCCGGUGUUAUUCCCCUGACCGCAGCAGAUUGGGGCCCUAAUCCUUUGAAGGUUGCAUCGAUAGCCGCGGGAGAGUUAUUACUGUGGGAUGUAUCUCGACCAAGCCGCCCUCUUGAAUCACGAACGCUUCACCUGGAAGGAGGUUUGGCGGUGAAAUUCUCACUCUCGAACGAACAUUUGGUCGCGAGUAUCGGAUGGCCGGACAAUUUACUGAAGAUUUCCAAUUUGAAAACCAAACAAGUGAUAUUGUGCGGAAAAGUCAAGUUAGUGGGUGGAAUGACGUGGCACUACAAGUUACCCUAUGUCUGUGCUGGCAGUGACAGAGAAUUGUGUUUCUGGAGAGUGAAUAUAAAUUAAGAUGCACCGAGAGAAAUGAGUCCAGAAAGAAAAUCCCUCUCUGUGACAUUUUAUACACUUUUUCAUGUUACAUUCAUCAUAGAGGGCAGAAAAUAUAAUACUUUUUUUUACCAUACUUGAUACUCGAUUAAGAAUCGGUUAUUACAGCAUACUUAUAACGGAUCAACAUUUUCUAGAAAAAAAAAUGCAAUUACACACGUGUAAACUUGUAUGAAAGAAAUGUACUACUUUUAUACCGUAUUUCAUACCAAAGCCACUUGUUCGCAAACUUAAAUGACA